GGAACACUUUCUUGCUGGAAGACUUCACGAAGCCGACACCCUCGCGAGUGCACACAGCGGAGAUGUAUCACCACAACAUUGUAGGCGGACCGCCACCAGGCCCGCAGGUAGAGGAACAACCGCCUCAAGCGCAAGCACAGCCUGCAGCAGAAGCACCGCCAAUUCAACCACCGCAGGCGCCCUUCCAGCUGCAGCCCGGCCAGCAGCCCACACCCGAGCAGAUCCAGAUGAUGCAGCAGCAACUGGCUGCCGAAGCCCAGAAGCAUGGUCUCACCGUGCCACAGUAUAUUGAGCGUGUGAAGGCGCAGAUGAUGCAGCAGGCGCAAAUGCAGCAGCGCAUGCAACAGCAGCAACAGCAGCAGCAAGGGGGAGGGCCUCAUGAUGAGCACCAGCACAGACAGGGCCCCCAGGGCGCGCAGCCAGGAAAACAAGUACCCAUCCAGCCCGGACCUCCAAAGCCCGAGGCGAUUGCUAUGGCCGCCUUCUUGCAGUCCCAGGACCUCAAGCUGCGCACGUGCAUCUUCAACGAGCAGCGAAAGGACAUGUUCAAGGUCAAGAGGGCCAUUCGAGCCAUACAGAGUGACGCGUAUGUGAAGGCUCGCAAGAAGAACCCACUUCUUCCUGAGGUCACUGAUCGCGUGCAAGCCGAGAAUGCUUUUAAGCUACUCCCACUAUCACUGCUGGCGUUGAGGUGCUCCAAAGUUGACGAGCAUGCCGGUCACGAGGGCCAUGGACAUGCGAAGAAGAAGAGAGUGAAGGGGUUGUGGACAGUCAAGGUGGAACCACAGCAGGAAGCCGCGGACGAGUACUACUAUGUUUGGCUAUACCAGAGUCCGGCCUCACAGUGGAAGAGCAAGCUAUACGCUGCCGGAGCACUCGUUGGUAUCCUCGCCAUUGUCUUCUUCCCCGUGUGGCCUUACACUCUCCGCAUUGGAGUUUGGUAUGUCUCGAUGGGCAUGCUCGGACUGCUGGGUCUCUUCUUCGCAAUGGCUAUCUUUCGACUCAUCCUCUUCCUGGCUACCUUCUUUACUGUAUCACCUGGGCUUUGGCUGUAUCCGAAUCUCUUUGAAGAUGUGGGAUUCUUCGACUCGUUCCGGCCGGUGUGGGCAUGGCACGAGAGCGAGAAGGACAUGAAGAAGCGAAAGAAGGAUGAGAGAGCAGCGAAGAAGGCACGCAGAGAAGCGAGAGCAAGAGGCGAGUUGCCACCGUCGAGCAAGAAGAGCAAGCAGAAACAGAUCGAGGACAAAGCCCAGCCGGCAGUGCCUGUACCUGCCAAGGGCAUCGUGGAAGCUGCAGACACUGCCACCACUGGCGCCGAGAGCACACAGGCGGGCGGACUGCAGCAGCGGAUCAUACAGCCGAGAGUUGCAAGCGUGGAGGAAGAAGAAGACGAGUAGGCUGAUUCUGGGCAAGCGAUGGCGUUUUUGGGUCCGGGGAGCAUUGCAGCAUGAUCAUGGUCGAGAUUAGCUCCGCUUCUACCAAUUGACAGCAUGAUAGUAUACCACCGAUUAUGGAGUGAAAACAACAGAUGUCAUACUCCUC